AUGAGGGAACCAUGGAUCUCUGGCUUUUUCUUUGCUUUCUUUCUCAUCUUCUCAUCCAUUGUUACUCAACCUCUCUACUUUCCUACUGCCAAUCUUCCAACCACAUGGACCAAUGAUGAAUCUUCUCUCCGUUCGAUCAAUUUCACAGAUGGCUCAAGGAUCAGAGUCAUCCUCCUUAGGACAAGCGGUUUACCUAUGUUCACAUGUGGCUUCUUCUGUAAUGGAACAUGCACGUCUUAUCUCUUUGCAAUUAUUAUCAAUUUAUUUAUGGUGGUUAAUCCUCAAGUUGUUCCGUACACCAACAAAGACUCUCCAGAGGUCAUUUGGUCAGCCAACCGUGACAAUCCAGUCAGGGAAGGUGCAAUACUGAGUCUCAAUGAAGCUGGAGAAUUGGUGUUACACGAUGUCGAUGGAAGCAUAGUUUGGACUACAAACACUAAUGGACAAUCUACAGCUGGCAUGAACCUAACUGAUAAAGGAAAUCUGAUGUUGUUCGAUGACCAUAACUCGAUGGUUUGGCAAUCAUUUGAUCACCCUACAGACUGUUUAGUACAGGGGCAAAAACUAUUUCAAGGACAGAAGCUCAUACCUAGUGUUUCAUCAACCGACUGGACUGCUCAAAAAGAUUUAUUCUCUCUUCAAGUCACCGAUAAAGGUCUGUUUGCUUAUGUGGAAUCAAACCCACCUCAAGUCUAUUUCCGGAAGUUGGUAAAUGGCAUAAAUCCAGAAAAUUAUGUAGUAUUCUUAGAUAGGAGUUUGUGUUUCUUCAUUUUUUCUACUAGGCCAAAUUAUUGUAAGAGUGUGCUUGAUAUACCUCCAGCCUUCCCAUUUCAGUUUAUAAAAUUAAUGCCAGAUGGACAUUUGAAAGUGUUUGGAUGGGAUGCUUUAGAUGGAGGGGCGAUAGUUGCCGAUCUAUUAACCGGUGAUCUAGGAGAGUGUUUUUAUCCAUUGGCUUGUGGGAGAAAUGGCAUUUGCUCGGGUAAUCAACAAUGUAGUUGUCCAAGAUCAAGCUCUCCAGGGACAGACUAUUUCAGAGCAGUGAAUGAUAGCCAACCAAACAUGGGUUGCUCUCAAGUUACUCCUAUCACAUGUAACGCUACUCAAGAUCAACAUUUCAUUGAACUCAAGCACGUCAAGUACUUCACCUACACUGCCGACAUGGAGGAUGUGGAUAUGGAGACUUGUAAGCAGGCGUGUCUGGGAAAGUGUUCAUGCAAAGCAGCUCUAUUCGAGUAUGGUUCAAAUUCUUCAAGUGGAAAUUGCUCUUUACCUUCUGAGCUUUUUACAAUGACGAAACUUGACGCACAUGAAAUGCGUCUUAAUUCUUCAGCUUUUAUAAAAGUCCAGAAUGUAAGAUCAUCUCCUUCCUUUAAAGUUCAUGUUGCCACAGUUAUAGGUUCCACAAUUGGAAGUUUGGUGCUUCUUAUUGUAGUAAUAGGUUUUACUAUGUUCAUAGUCAAAAAGAAAAAAACGGAUAGUGAAACAGAAGAAGAGUACUUAGAUCAAGUGCCAGGAAUGCCAACUCGGUUUUCCUAUGAAGAACUGAAAACAGCCACAGAAAAUUUCAGCAAAAAGCUUGGCGAGGGAGGAUUUGGAUCAGUUUUUGAAGGGACUCUCGAAGAUGGCUCGAGGAUUGCAGUAAAAUGUCUUCAAGGUCUUGUGAACGUUAAAAAAUCAUUCUUGGCCGAGGUUGAGUCCAUUGGCAGCAUUCAUCAUGUGAAUCUAGUUCGACUUAGAGGAGUUUGUGCUUGGAGAUCAGAACGGCUUCUUGUGUAUGAAUUCAUGAGUAACGGAUCAUUAGACCAGUGGAUCUACCAUGGAGACCGAAAGCCCGUACUUGGAUGGGUACGUAGAAAGAAGAUUAUUCUUGAUAUUGCUAAAGGUUUAGCAUAUCUCCAUGAAGAAUGUAGGCAAAAAAUCAUCCACCUCGAUAUUAAACCUCAAAACAUACUCCUGGAUGAAGAUUUCAAUGCCAAAGUAUCUGAUUUUGGGUUGGCUAAGCUCAUCGAUAGAAAUCAAAGCCAAGUGAUGACUACAAUGAGAGGAACUCCGGGCUAUAUGGCUCCGGAAUGGUUGAGCUCAAUUAUCACUGAAAAGAUGGAUGUAUAUAGCUUUGGGAUUGUUCUUUUGGAGAUCUUAUGUGGGAGGAAGAACUUUGACAGUAGAUCUCAGCCACAAGACAGUUGGCAUUUACUGUGCGUCUUCCAGAGGUGUUGGGAAGAGGGGACAUUGUUGGAUAUAGUUGACAGGUCCAGUAAAGAUAUGCAGGUAAAUGGCGCAGAAGUUAUGGAGAUGAUGAAAGUGGCUUCAUGGUGUUUACAGACUGAUUUUACGAAAAGGCCUUCAAUGUCAUCGGUGGUUAAGGUGUUAGAGGGAGUAAUGAAUGUUGAAUCAAACCUAGAUUACAACUUCUUGUAUCCAAGACUGCAGAAAAUAACAGAUGAACAUGAGAAAAGCUCGAAACCGGUGUUGCCUUCUAUUCUAUCAGGGCCGAGGUGA